AUGGCAUCACCAGCGUCGCGCCUGCCGCCUUUGCCAUUACCACACGGCAUCGUCGAGAACUAUGUCUACUGUCCAUCAAAUGGCAUCACCUUCCACACGCUCGAAGCUGGGUAUACUCCCCAACGCGAUAAGCCUCUCAUCAUCCUCUGCCACGGCUUUCCGGAGCUUGCGUUCUCUUGGAGGAAGGUUAUGGUGCCCAUCGCUGAUGCCGGCUAUCAUGUGGUAGCCUUCGAUCAACGUGGCUACGGACGCACCACCGGAUGGGACAACUCUUCGUUCCCCAACACCAACUUAUCCCAGUUUGCUCUGACCAAUGUCGUCCGUGAUGUGGUUACCCUGGUUAAUGCUCUGGGUUAUCGAGAGGUGAAGUGUAUCGUCGGGCACGACUUCGGUGCUGUCACUUCCAGCAUGUGUGCUCUGAUGCGUCCAGACCUCUUCAAGAGCGUUGUCAUGAUGAGUCAUCCUUUCAAAGCUCCUGCACAGCUGCCAUUCGAUAUAGCCCACGGUGGCGCUCGCGAACCUGCGCCAUCGCCUGACAUUCACGCUGAGUUGGCAAAGCUGCCCGUGCCAAGGAAGCAUUACAAGUGGUAUAACAGCACUAGUACAGCCGGGGCCGAUUGGAUCAAUCCAAGCCAAGGGCUGCAUGCCUUUCUUAGGGGCUAUCUUCAUGUCAAGUCAGCCGACUGGGAAGACAACUCACCACACCCUCUCAAGAGCUGGACGGCCGAAGAGAUGGCCAAAGUACCCAAUUACUACAUUAUGCCGCUGCACCAGUCAAUGCCCGAUACUAUUGCUGACAUGAUGGCCAACCAAGAUAGCUCGGCGACUGAAAGAUGGAUGCCUGACCAAGACCUUGAUAUCUACGUCCAGGAAUGGUCAAGGACAGGCUUCCAGGGCGGUCUCAAUUACUACCGAGUCACCACCGAUCCACUUCUUCAAAAAGAUCUCGAGCUAUUUGCGGGCAAGAAGAUCGAAUGUCCAAGUACCUUUAUCUCAGGCGCGACGGAUUGGGGCAAUUAUCAGCAGCCUGGGGCCCUCGAGGCCUAUCCCGAGUCAUGUUCAGACUUUCGAGGGAUCCACUUGAUCGACAACGCAGGACACUGGCCCCAACAAGAACAGCCGAAGAGAGUCGUUGAAGCGAUAUUGGGGUUCGUUCGCUAUCUUUAA